AUGAUCAUCAAGUCCCCUUUCCCGACACUCGACAUCCCCAAGACCAACCUACUCAACUACCUCUUUCCCCCGGGCCAGGAGCCUUCCGAGGAACCGCUAUGGCUCGAUAGUAAGAACGACAAGAUCAACUUGUCGCCCAAACAGCUUCUAGAAUGGGUCAGGCGCCUGUCUUUUGGCCUUCAGAGGCUGGGUAUGAAGCGCGGGGAUGUGAUCAUGAUUUGCACUCCUAAUCAGAUCUUCGUCCCCGUCGCUUAUCUAGGUAUCGUGGGAAGCGGGUGCAUCUUUAGCGGUGCCAACCCGGCCUAUACUGUACCUGAACUUGUGCAUCAAAUGAACAACACCACAGCCAAGGUCGUUCUCGUCCACCCCUCCCAGCUCGAACGGAUCCUCCCUGCCGCCGAGAAGGCCGGCAUUCCCCGGAACCGCAUCUUUCAGUUCUCCGAGGUCGAGAACCCGACCCGGGAAGGCAUUCCCGACUGGAGGACGAUGAUCGGAACGCCGUCAGAAGUAAGGAACUACCGGUGGCCGGAACUGUCGCCGGAGGACUCCCUCCGCACGGUGGCGACCAUCAACUACAGCUCGGGCACGACCGGUCUGCCCAAGGGCGUCUGCGUAUCACACCACAACCUGAUCGCCAACGUGGAACAGACCAUCGUGAUGCGCUACGCCAAGAAGCCGUACCCGUUCGAGGCGCGUCCGCAGGAGCGCUGGCUCGGGUUCCUGCCGCUGUACCACGCGUACGGGCAGCUCUACACGAUCCUCAUGGCGAUCAAGCUCCACGUGCCCAUCUCCAUCAUGAAGGAGUUCCGGUACGAGGACUUUUUGUUCACCAUCGGGCGGCACCGCAUCACGAGCCUGCAGAUCGCGCCGCCCAUCCUGGUGAUGCUGUCGAAGCGGCCCGAGACGGCGCGCUACGACCUGUCCAGCGUCAAGGACGUGCUGUGCGGCGCCGCCCCGCUGUCGCGCGAGCUGCAGAACGAGUGCCAGCGCCGCUUCCAGAUCCAGAUCAACCAGGGCUGGGGCAUGACCGAGGUGACGUGCGGCGCCAUCCACGUCCCCGGCGGGGUGCGCGACGACACCGGAAGCGUCGGCCAGCUGGACCCCAACUGCGAGUGCAAGCUCAUCGACGACGACGGCAACGAGGUCGCCGCGGGCCAGCCAGGCGAGAUGUACGUCCGCGGGCCGAAUAUCUGCCUGGGCUACUGGCGCAACGAGGCGGCCACGCAGGAGAGCCUGGACAAGGACGGGUGGUUGAAGACGGGCGACAUUGCCGUGUGCAAUGAUGAGGGUUAUUUCUGGAUUGUCGAUCGGAAAAAGGAACUCAUCAAGGUCAAUGCCCUGCAAGUGGCGCCCGCUGAGCUGGAAGCGGUACUUUUGGAAAAUGAGCACGUCGCUGAUGCUGCGGCCGUGGGAAUCACCGUAAAUGGCGACGAGCGGCCGAGGGCGUACGUGGCGAUCCAGGAGGCUUCCAAGGGCAAGGUGACACCAGAGGACAUCCAGGAAUGGAUCAAGCCUCGGGUGGCCAAGCACAAGUGGCUCACGGGCGGCGUGGUAUUCGUCGACGAGGUGCCCAAGCUGGCGAGCGGGAAGAUCCAACGGAAGACGAUGCGGGACUGGGCCAAGAGGGAUGCGGCCGUCUUGGAGGCGGAGCUUAAGAAGAAGGGGGCUCCAAGGGCGAGGUUGUAA